AAUUAUUCACGUGGAUUGGCAAUUUUCAUUCCGUUUUUUAUUUGUUUGGAUUUAGCUGGAGUGGAAGCAGCUGCAUUACGAUCGACUACGCGGUAUUUAGAAAAUCCUUGUUGAUAUAAAUAUUAAUAUCAACAAAUAUGAGGCGAAGAUCACCAAAUAUUUUAAUUACUGGUACUCCUGGUACAGGGAAAUCUACUCUGUCUUCAGAAAUUAGUGAAAUAGCAUCGUUAGAAUGGAUAAAUAUUGGAGAAAUUGCAAAGAGUUCGAAUUUGUUUGAUGGUUAUGAUGAAAGUCUUCAAUGCCAUAUUUUAGAUGAAGACCAGAUAAUAAAUGAGCUGGAAGAUAAAAUAAAAGAAGGUGGGAAAAUUGUAGACUAUCAUAGCUGUGACUUUUUCCCUGAAGAUUGGUUUGACAUAGUGUUUGUUCUAACUACAGAUAAUACUAUACUUUAUGAUCGGCUUGUUAGAAGGGGAUAUUCUGGUAAGAAAUUGGAAAAUAAUAUUCAAUGUGAAAUUUUCCAAACCCUCGUGGAUGAGGCUAAAGAAGCAUACGAUCCUACUAUCGUUUUCAAACUGAACAGCAAUACCCCUGAUGAUAUGGAAUCCAACAUUGAAAAUAUCUGUAGGUGGAUUGAGAGCUUUCUUGGCAACAAUGCUAAUGGAUAGUUUAUUAUUUAAUAUACUAGAUUUUGUAUAUUUUGUAAAUAAGUGCGUGUAUAUUUGAUGUAAAUUUUUCCAACUUAAAGUGUCGUAAGUUGGAAAUUUUGUCCAAAGAACUUUAUUUAAAACAAAAAUGCAAUACCUAGACCUGCUAUAUUGCUUCAAUUCUCAUAGAACCCUGAUUAUUCUAUUCCCUUGACGCCAGAAGUUGGAAAAUCAAGAUCAGUUCCUUACGUUACUUUUAAUAGUCUUUUUUCAAAAAAAUUUAUUAUUAAGUGAAGAAAUAUUAUAUAACGACUAAAAGUAGCCUAAAUAGAGACUCAAAUUAGAGUUAACUGAUAAAUUUGCACUUCAUUGUUCAUUCAGUUAUAAAAGAAAAUGCAAUAUCAUAAAAAAGAAUGUUUUAAUUUCCUUUUUUUUUAUUUUUUGCAGCCAGAUUUUGUAUUUAUUGCUGAAACAGUAAUUGGAUUCAAUUAAGUGUAAUGGAAGGGGUAUCAGGGUUUAACGGUUUACUAUUUAUACAAUAUAACUGAACUACUCAUAUUGCAGCUUUUCAUAAUCGACCAGCUAAGUUUUGUUUUGUAAAGGUUCUGUUUGUUACUUUUAAUUGUGUAUUUUUAUUUAACUACUUCUUACUUUUAAAAUAAUGCUUCAUGGUUCAUAGUUGUCCUUAUACUUCUUAUGAAAAAUAAUCUGUUCUGACCUUGAGCUUUUUUCUUCCUUCCUCCAUAUAUUCAGAACAUCCCGUUUUUCUACAAAUACAAAUUUGGGUAUUGAAGAAUCGAAAGAUUUAAAUUUACUACCUAGCAUCUUUUUCAUUACAAUUAAAAAUGCUACUAAAAAAUUACAAAUAUUUGACAGUUCAAAAUUACGGCCAUUCACUAAUUACAAGUAUUACAUAGUUCAGGCAUAUAGCUUCUUUGUUUCAAACUUUUUGAAAGUUAAGUCAUUUAAUGAGAACAAAAAAUUAACAAGUUUACAUUAUCAAAUUUUUAAAUGGUUAUUUAAGGGAUCAUUUGUACAAGAAUGUUAAGUGGCAUGUUUAUUGUGUUUCCGCUCAAGAUUAUUGAACUCUUACUUUAAAAUUAAAGAACUGAACUCUAUCAGGGUGUGUAGAGUUUUUACAAAGUGCUUUAAGGUACUUAUUUUCGUUCUUAAAAGCCCUUAAAGGUGCUUUUAAUAAGUGCUUAAUUUCCCCUUUUUCAAAAUGAGAUUUUUCUUUUACUAUGUUUAUUUUCACUUCGAAUUAAGCAAAAAGACGCAGUUCACAUUGACACGUUUCAUCGACGUUUUCACAAUUAAUUCAACCCCAAUUUAUUUCGCCGUAUUGUCAGCCCGGAGCGUAUGAAAACGCCAUUCGUUUUAUAUGAUUCAAAAUUUCAUGAUUUUUUUCAAUUGUUAAAGACAAUUCCAAAAGUUUUUUUUUGACAUGACGGUUAAAACAAGAUAAAACCGUUAAUUGUCAAAAACUUUCCAACCAUGCCUAAUUAUAAUAUUUCUUUUUAAAGUGCUUAAAAAUAUUUUUUGAGUGCUUGACAAUUGCUUAUUUUUUGUUAAAUAAUUUGGCUACACAACCUUGAGUUAUUCAGUAUUGAUAAUAUUAUACUAAAAAAUUUCCUUUUCUAAGUAAAAUAAUUGGGAAUUUAAAAGUAGUUGUUUUUAUUAUUUUCUUGUGGUAAAACUUGCUUUUGUAUUUAAGUAGGGCAAAUUAUACUUUUUAUGAAUAGCAUAUAUGUAUACUGUAACAAAAAAAAAAUGUUCUGAUACUGCCCUGAUUUUUUUUAAAACGUGCCCUAAUUUUUUCUUUUGCAUGCUGUGAAGCUUGAAUGCAUUUUAUUCCGUUUUAUCUUGGUGUUGAAACAAAACACUUUACUAAAUGUUUAUAAGUAAUUAUGUAUUUAUUCGAUAUAUUUAUUUUUACUACUAAUCUAUCCCAGUGAAGAUGUGAAAUUUGUUAUAUAUUAUGAAAUAUGACUCGAUUAUGUUUUCUGUCUCAUCAAUUUACUCACUGGAGAGUAUAAGUCCACAGUCUAAAAUAGCCCAAAAAUAAUGGCUAGAAACUAAAUAAUGUAAAGUGUGAAUAUAAGUUUAUAUCUUUUAAACUUGGUUUAUCAAUAAAGCUCUAAAUUGUUUUAUUAUUUUUAA